AUGUAUCCGACGCUUAUAAAGUUGAAGCUCGUUUGCCGGGCGCUGUCCGGCCUCCAGGGACGCUCGCUCAGGAGCCCAGAGGCCCUGACGUUGCGCCUCCUCGCGCUGGACGCGCAGCAUGGGGACGCGAGGAGUUCAGAGGUUCUGGAGCUCGACGAGGCUUUAGCAGCGCAUCCAACGGACGCGCAGCGUGCCGAGUUGGAUGCCUUGGCGCAGCGCCAAGCAAAGCGCGCGGAGCCGGACAUUUGCACUUUGGGCUCCCAGGCGACGGUGGCUUGGCGCCAGGGGCGCCUGGAAGAGGCCAAGGGGCUCUUUGCGCAGCUCCUGGUGCGGGACCCCACCUCCACCUUGUGGCCGGUGGCCUUUGCCAGGAUCCAUUUGGCAGAGGAGCACCCAGAAGAAGCCUUGAAGUUAUGCACGGAGGCUUUGGCCCGCACAAGCUCGGGCCAAGCAGAGCUGUUGCUGGUCCGCGCGCUGGCGAACCGCAAGCUCGGCCACGAGGAGGAGGCCCGGGAGGACCUGCUGCGUGUCAAGACCCUGGGCGGCCUUGGCCGGGAGGCCGCCAAGGAGCUGGAUCACCUUCGUGGCGAGCUCUUCAGACCUGAGAGUCGGACGGUUGACACGAAGGACGACGCGCAGAAGGCGAGCGAGACUCCUGUGCCAAAGGAGCCCAAUCCAGAGGCGCCAAAGCAGAGCGCGCAGAACUGGGUGGCGCGUGCGCGCCUGGCGGAGCUCGAAGGGAACUUCCGGCUGGCCCGCAGUCACUGCGAGGAGGCCCUGGAGUUGGUGCCUCACAUGCCGCAAGCCGUGCUGUGCUUGGCGCGCAUGGAGCUGGCGAACAGCGAGUACGAAGCUGUUGCCGAGCUGUUGGGACAGGUGCACCCCAUCGUGCUGGCCAAGGCGCCGGCGCGCAUCGAGGCGCUGUCCCUGAAGGCCGGUGCCUUGGAGCGGGAGAAGAACUGGGAAGCGGCGAACGCUGAGCUGGAACUCCUCGCGCCUUUGGUUCAGAAGCUGGCCGACGAGAAAGCGACGCCGUUGCCGCCGCAGGAGGGCUGGGUGCCGGAGCCAGAGCUACAGGAGGUCCUGGGGCGCUUAGCUCGGUCCAGGUGGCACUCAGGGAAGCGACAAGCUGCCACCUCGCUGGCAGAUCGGAUCCUGGAGGUCGCUCCAACCCAGCUGGAAGCCUGCGAGGUGGCCUGCGCCGUUCUCAUGGAGCGUGGGGACGCCCCGGUGGCCUUGGCAGUGAUGGUGCGGUGUUUGGUGGCGCACCGUGCGAAGACCAGCCUCACCUGCUCUGAGCUGGUUUGCGGCGUCAUGCGCCACUGCUCUGUGGAGGAGCUGUGCCACGUGCUUGCGCCGAACGAGCUUAGCACCCCCUCACACCUUCAGUCUGUAGCGGAGGUUGUGGGGUAUGUGGGUCUCAUCAUGAAGGAGCGAGGCGAGAUUCUGGAGGCGUGCCGUCUAUACCGGCGCGCGGUGAUCAUGUCUCCCGACCACGGAUCACUUUGCUUGAAUCUGAUGCAUACCUACGCCCUCCGCCGGGACGAGCUCCGCGCCUUGGCGUGGGCCAAGCGCUUCCUGUGCCGCCAGCCCAUCUUCGCCCCUCUGCUGGCGGUUCUGCAGAACCAGACCGUACCAGAGGCGGCCUUUACAGUCAAGGACUUCCAGGAGGAGCACGAAUUUCACGAUGCCGUGGCCAUCGGCCUGGUGAUCUUCAAGUUGCUUUUCUUGGCGCAGCCUUUCCAGGGCACCGAGACCUCGGAGCCCUCGUGGCUGCCGCGUUUGCGCGACUGCGACGUGGAAUCCCACAUCGUGGGCCCGCAGGUGCAGUCGCUGCUGGAGGACCUGUGGCGGCGCCCGGCGCCGCUGACCUCCAAGGCGCUGGUGGGCGCCAAGCAGCAUGCGCAAGUGCUGCGCCGCCUGGGGAAGCUGUUGGCAAAAUGCUGCCAGGGUCAUGAACUUCACCUGACGGCGGUUCGGAACGAGAACGCCUACUUCAACUGCAUCAAGGACAUUCUGGCCUGCGACACGGGCGUGCCGAAAUGCCCCUCCUCCUUCAGACCUCUGUAUGUGGUGGGUGACUCCCAUGUGCUGCCUUUGGCCUGGCAAUUCCUGGACAUCCCUGCGGAGGAGGAGGAGGAGCACUUCAUCUUGGUGCCUAUGUUGGUGACUGGCGCAAAGGUUUGGCACCUCAGGGAAGAGUCCAAGUUCUACACCAUGUUCUCAUUCUGGGACAAGCUCUCCAUCCUGCCGGUGGAUGCACCAGUGAUGUUCAUGCUCGGGGAGAUCGAUUGCCGGGAGGGCAUCCUGCAUGCAGUCCAGAAGGGAAAGCACAGCAGCGUGGAGGAGGCCCUUUCUCGGAUCGUGGAUGUCUACGUGCAGCUUUUGGAGCAGGUCCGAAAGAAGAGGCAAACUAGCCGCCUCUUCGUGCACCCUGUGCCCACAGUCCUCCCAGAGACUCGGUUCCUCACCCUGGCCAUGAACGAGCUGCUGCUGUCAGAGAAGACACGCGCCGACAUGGCGAAGGUGAGGGCGAAAGUACUGGAUGUGGACAGCAUCUUCCGGGGUACCACCAGCGGUGUGACGGACGCCGGCCAACUGGCGGCGCUGCCCAUCCUGCCGGAGCUUAAGCUCGAUGGCAUCCAUUUGCAGCUCGGCUGCGCCAUCCCGUGUCAGGCCGCUUUGAAGGCUGCUGAGAUGUGGAAGGGCCGCCAGAUGGCACGGCCCACGCAAGUAUCAGGUUCCAUGAAUCUGCCUGGCAUGGUGGUCUCGCCUAGGAAGCAGCCAGCCUGGCUCAGUUUCUCCCGGAGCAUCCAGAAGGCCGGCACCUCGCCACAGCACAUCAAGGCCCCCUCCUAUGGUCUGUUCGCAGGCGACUUCGACAAAGAGCCGGAGGUGGACACCACGCGCCGGUGCUGCUUCGCCGCGGCGGGGAAGCGCAAGACCAUGGCAUCUGUCCUGGCCGAGAUGGAUCAUGAGCCGACUGAGGGUACCAGGCUGGGGUUGUUGGACCUCCUGUGCAUUGGCAUUGGCUCCACGGUGGGGUCCGGCGUCUUUGUGCUCACAGGGGAGGUCUUACCCGUUGCAGGCCCCGCAGCCUGCGUCAGCUGGUUCUUUGCGGGCAUCGCGUGCUUGUUGAGCGGCAUGUCAUACAUGGAGCUCUCAGCCCGCUUGCCAACCCGCGGGUCUUGCUACACCUUCUCCUACCACGGCCUGGGAGAGCUCGCAGCGGUGGUAGGCGCCUUCUGCAUCACCUUGGAGUAUGGCAUUUCGGGCGCCGGAGUUGCCCGAAGCUGGUCAGGGAAGCUCUCCAGUUUUUUGGGUGAGGACUUUAAGCAUUCCGUCUACUUCUACUUUGGCAAGGGCACCUGGGCCGAUGAUGCAACUCCGGCGGAGCUGGCCGAUCCCUACGCCCGGACCGACGACAACUACUUGGACCUCGCCGGAGCCUUGCUGACUGCGGGUUGCACGCUGCUGCUCAUGGGCGGCUUGUCCCUGAGUAAGACAGUGGUGAACGUCAUGACUUUCGCAAAGGUCGCGCUGGUUGCCUUUAUGGUCAUCCUCGGCUUUGCCGGCGCUUCGACCAACAUCUUCGAGUCUGGUGAGACCUUUGCGCCUGAGGGCAUGAAGGGCAUCCUCAAGGCCACGACUUUGCUCUUCUUCGGCUUCAUCGGCUUCGACGAGGUCUGCUGCCUAUCCUCCCAGGCCAAGAACGCCGCCUCUCAGCUGGGGGGGUGCGAGGUGUGGGCGGGCCACUGGCUGCCGGACCCACCCUGGGCCAUACCAGCAUACCUGCGUAACAUGGCACGGUCCAAAAUAUGCAGCUGUGGCCAGAACACAUUCACAGGCGAGUGUCUUGGUGAGGCGCCGAAGGUGUGGACAUCCCGGCCCCUAGCCUGCCCAAGCCAAACGAGCGUGGAGCGUGUAGUGGUUUCCCAAGCUUUCCCCAGCCCUUUGGGACCACAUUCUGGCAAGAUGCUGGGUCAGCCAGCAGUGCGCGCAGUUGCCACUGACACGGGGGCAAAGCUACUGUCAAGCCCAAACAAAUCUAGGCACUGUGACUCAGCAAAACAGGAAGUUGGGGAGCAUUGGUGUCCGUUGGGGCUUUUGGGAAAGGAGUGCUACGGCUAG